AUGCCGACCGUCGUGACGCUCCAAAACGGACAGACCUUCAGUUUUACAUCUAACAUUGCGACCGACCUUGACAUCAUUCCUGUGAUCGACGGUUCAAGGAUCUGGAGCGAGUCGUUAGAAGAUCGACAAGCAGUGGCCGAGGAGAUCCGGGAAGCAUCUCGGAAGAUUGGCUUCUUCUACCUUGUGAACCACGGCGUUGAUGAAGAGUACACUGAGGCAGUGAUGAGACAGGCGAAGCGGUUCUUUGAGCUUCCUGAAGAGAAGAAGAUGGAAGUGUUCACCGGCUUGGUGCCGAAUGAAUAUGUGGGCUAUCAUCCCAUGGAAUGCUAUAAUCGCAAUGGUUGGAAGCGCCAAGGUCAGUGCGCAUAUUGGAAAGACCAGAAAUUCGCAGCUUUGGGGCUGAUCAGGAGGACAGAUUUGAGCGAAGCCUUCAACUGGGCGUACGAUCCGGCAGAGGACCCCGAGGCUGUCGACCAGAGCCCUCCGGCGGUGAGUAUUUGGCCUUCAGACCUUCCAGGGUUCCGCGAGGGGCUUUACGCAUAUCACACAAAGUUACUCCAAUUGUCUCGUCGCCUGACGCGUAUCUUUGCACUUGCCCUGCAUCUGCCGGAAGACUUCUUUGAUGAAUACAUCCGCCAGCCAGAGGCGGGCGCCCGAAUCCUUCACUACCCCCAGCAAUCUGCAUCAGUUGAUGAGCAAAACGGUAUUGGUGCCCACACCGAUGUUGAGUGCUUCACGAUCGUCAACCAGGAUGAGACGGGAGGCCUAGAAGUCCUCAGUAAGACCGGGGCGUGGGUCAAGGCGAGGCCGAUACCAGGCUCCUUUGUGGUGAACAUCGCAGAUGCCUUUAUGAGACAGACUAACGACUUCUUCGUCUCAACCAUCCACAGGGUAAUUAACCGCAACGGCAGGGAGAGGUAUUCUGCGCCGUUCUUCUUCGGCUUUGACAGAGCCAAGCCCCUUGAACCAGUUCCCACAUGCGUGAGCGCGGACAACCCCAUGAAGUAUCCGAUCAUGACUGGAGGAGAGUAUUAUACUUGGAGAACAAACAAACAGAAACAGACCAACACAAGGAACACGCCCGGCCAACGAGCCAACUAG